AAGCCCUGCUAUUGUCUUACUGCUACAGCAGGCUGAGGAUUGCAGUGUCUGCUGCUCUCAGACCUGCCUUGCCUGCGCUACCUAGCCCUGCCUCACUGCAUCCCACAGCAGCCUUGCUGUGCCGGGCGGAUUUUGAAAAGCAGCUCUUCGGUUUGGGAUGGUGUAGAAGACCUUGCUUUCCACUCUCGGGAGAAAGCUGACGCUCUUAGGGGAGAAUCUGGCAGCUGGACAUAGCUCGGACUGCAUUGUCUGGCUUCAUGACCCCCGCCGUGUAGCCAGCUCAUCUCCUUGCUCUCAGGAGCACAUGCACUUCUUACGAUUGCUUAUUUCCCUUUUCCUUUUCUUUCCUUUCUUCUAAUUUUUUUUUAAAGCAGCUUCUGGAGCCAGCCAUGUUUGGUACUGAAUCCUCAUUGAGCAUGUUUUUGAACACGUUAACACCGAAGUUCUACGUGGCCCUGACAGGCACUUCCUCACUAAUAUCCGGGCUUAUUUUGAUAUUUGAAUGGUGGUAUUUUCGCAAGUAUGGAACAUCUUUCAUUGAACAAGUCUCAGUAAGCCACUUGCGCCCCCUUCUGGGAGGGGUUGACAACAACUCUUCCAAUAAUUCUAAUUCCAGUAAUGGGGACUCAGAUUCCAACAGGCAGAGUGUCUCAGAGUGCAAAGUGUGGCGAAAUCCACUAAAUUUGUUUAGGGGUGCUGAAUACAAUCGGUACACGUGGGUCACAGGACGAGAACCUCUGACGUACUAUGACAUGAAUCUCUCUGCCCAGGAUCACCAGACAUUCUUUACUUGUGAUUCGGACCAUCUCCGUCCCGCAGAUGCAAUAAUGCAAAAAGCUUGGAGAGAGAGGAACCCCCAAGCCAGGAUUUCUGCAGCUCAUGAAGCCUUGGAGAUAAAUGAAAUUAGGUCCAGAGUUGAAGUUCCCCUAAUUGCUUCCUCUACCAUCUGGGAGAUAAAAUUGUUACCGAAGUGUGCAACUGCUUAUAUUCUCUUGGCCGAAGAAGAAGCCACAACUAUUGCUGAAGCAGAAAAACUCUUUAAGCAGGCCCUGAAGGCUGGAGAUGGUUGCUAUCGACGUUCUCAGCAGCUACAGCACCAUGGCUCCCAGUAUGAAGCUCAACACAGACGAGACACCAAUGUCUUGGUCUAUAUCAAGAGAAGGCUGGCAAUGUGUGCCCGGAGACUUGGGCGGACCAGAGAAGCCGUGAAAAUGAUGAGAGAUUUAAUGAAGGAAUUCCCCCUCCUAAGCAUGUUCAAUAUUCAUGAAAACCUUCUAGAAGCCCUUCUGGAGCUCCAAGCUUAUGCUGAUGUCCAGGCAGUCUUAGCAAAGUAUGAUGAUAUAAGCUUACCAAAGUCAGCAACGAUAUGCUACACAGCUGCCCUGCUCAAAGCUAGAGCCGUGUCCGACAAAUUCUCUCCCGAGGCGGCAUCUCGGCGGGGCCUGAGCACAGCAGAGAUGAAUGCAGUGGAGGCCAUUCACAGAGCUGUGGAAUUUAACCCGCACGUGCCAAAAUAUCUACUAGAAAUGAAAAGCUUAAUCCUCCCACCAGAGCACAUCCUGAAGAGAGGAGACAGCGAAGCAAUCGCGUACGCGUUCUUUCAUCUCGCACACUGGAAGAGGGUGGAGGGGGCUUUGAACCUCUUGCACUGUACGUGGGAAGGCACUUUCCGGAUGAUCCCGUACCCCUUGGAGAAGGGACACCUCUUUUAUCCAUACCCAAUCUGCACAGAAACAGCAGACCGGGAGCUGCUUCCCUCUUUUCAUGAAGUCUCAGUUUACCCCAAGAAGGAGCUCCCCUUCUUCAUCCUCUUCACGGCGGGACUGUGCUCCUUCACAGCCAUGUUGGCCCUCCUGACACACCAGUUCCCGGAACUCAUGGGCGUCUUCGCAAAAGCUUUCCUCAGCACUUUGUUUGCCCCCUUGAACUUUGUGAUGGAGAAAGUGGAAAGCAUCCUCCCCUCCAGUUUGUGGCAUCAGCUGACUCGGAUCUGAGGGCCCCUCCAGCCUCCACUCUCCUCGCCAUCCGCCGGAUCUUUGUGCCAACUUCUCAUGGACUGCAGGAAAGCAUGUCUCUGAAAAAGGGAAACCACUCUGAGAUCUGAAACUGUUCAUGGACUAUCAGUUCCCUAUUAAAGGCUCCUUUUGUUGUACAA